AACUCAUUCCUCCAAACAAAAAAAAAACAAACACCUAUCUAGAGAGAGAAAAUACUCAUCCAUCUCUUUCUUUUUCCCUAUUUACUAAAAAGCCAAACCCUAAUUUUUUUUUUAAAAAAAAAAAGAUGAUGAUGAGCAGCAUCAGAUCCGCAGUGUCCACUCUCAUGCCCAAACAAAAACUCCCAAACUCAUUCCAGUCUUACCUCCACAGCUCCGGCGGCUUCAACCUCGGAAUCCUCCACCCUCAUCACAACCCCCACAAAGACAAGCUCCUCGUCGUCUUGGGUACCACCGGCGCCGGCAAAUCUAGGCUCUCCAUCGACCUCGCCUCCCGCUUCUCCGGCGAGAUCAUCAACUCCGACAAAAUGCAGGUCUACCGCGGCCUCGACGUCCUCACCAACAAGGUCACCAACGACGAGCGCCGCCACGUCCCCCACCACCUCCUCGGCGUCGUCGACCCGAAAAAGAAUUUCACCGCUAAGAACUUCUGCUUCGCCGCGACGGAGACGAUCAAGUCGAUCACCGCCCGGGGUAACCUCCCGAUCAUCGCCGGCGGCUCGAACUCCUUCAUCGAGGCUCUCAUGGAUGACAAGGACUGCCGGUUGAGGUCCACCUACGACGUCUGUUUCCUCUGGGUCGACGUGUCCAUGCCGGUUCUCCACUCCUUCGUGUCGGACCGGGUGGAUAAAAUGGUCGACCACGGGUUGGUCGAGGAGGCCAGGUCGGCAUUCGACCCAAAGAAUGGGGACUACUCCACCGGCAUCCGGAAGUCGAUCGGCGUCCCGGAGUUCCACCGCUACUUCCAAGCGGAGCCCACGGCGGAUGCCGACACCCGGGCCGCCCUCCUCAACGAGGCAAUCGACGAGGUGAAGGUGAACACGUGCGUCUUGUCGAGCCAACAAUUGCAAAAGAUUAAACGAUUGCGGGACGUGCGGGGGUGGAAGUUGCACCGCGUCGACGCCACGGAGGUGUCCCGGAUGAAGGCGGCCGGGGGCGGCAAGGACAAGAAAAUGUGGGAGAGUCAGGUGGUGGCGCCGAGCGCCACCAUCGUGACGAGAUUCCUCCACGAUAAGUUAAGGUCGCCGAUCUAUGCGGAUGCCGCCAUCCCCAGCAAACCGCUCGCCGGAGUAAUGGGCCUAACGGCGGCGAUUCACUGACACUUCAACUGCAAUAUAUUCAUUCAUUUAUUCAUUUAAUUUGUCUGGCAAAGGCCUAUAGAUUUCAACAAGCCACCCGCCGCCGUACAUUUUGUAUCUCCUCUCUGUACGUUUCAUUUGUACAUGAUGUGACACCGCCAUUUUUGGAGAGGGUAAUGAUAAAACUGUGGUGUGCUC